ACAACAAACAAACAAACCAGCGAAGCUCAACCUUCGAGUUCGCGUAUCUAAUAAACUUCAGUAGUCCCUUGUCAAGUUAUCUGUUUGGCGAAGCAAAUUCCAACUAUCCUUCGAAUUAGUCAUUCGUCGUACCUCUUUCUCCAUGAACGAAAAGGGGAAUGAAUGAAUGAGAUUAUUUCGCACUUGAAGAAAAAAAAUUAAAUUAAGGAUUGGAUGAGAAGUUCGACAAUGAUCCGGAAAACUAAUUGUUGUGCCAUUUGCGAGAAUUGCAAUCUCGCUUCUAUUUGUGUCAAUUGUGUGAAUUACAGAUUAGCUGAUCACUACAAUAUUUUAAGAGCUUCCAAGAGUCGUCGCGAUUCGUUAUAUUCUCGAUUGGAAGAAGUUCUUCUAGCCAAGGGGAAAGCAGAUGAUCAAGUGAAUUGGAGAGUGUCUCAAAAUGAGAAAAUUGCUAAUUUAAGGGAGAAUCUCCGCCGUGCCAAGGAAAAACUUGUGCAAGGGAAGGCUAGGGUUGAGAAGAUUCGAUAUGAUCUCAAAGUCAAGUCUGGAGUACUUGAGUCAUCUCUUUCCAUGUUGGAAAACAACCGCGUGGAACAGCUGGAAAAGUUCUAUCCUAAUUUUAUUUGCACUCAGACCUUAGGGCAUAUGGCAAUUACAUCUGAACGUCUUCAUAAGCAGUCUGUUGUUAUAAAACAAAUAUGCAAAUUGUUUCCCCAACGCCGUGUGAUUAUUAAUGGAGAGAGGAAAGAUGAGUCAAGUGGUCAAUAUGAUCAGAUUUGCAAUUCACGGUUACCAAAAGGGCUCGAUCCACACUCUGUUCCAUCGGAAGAACUUGCUGCCUCACUGGGAUAUAUGCUGCAACUCCUUAAUCUUGUUGUUCAAAUCUUGGCUGCUCCAGCUCUUCAUAAUUCAGGUUUUGCGGGUUCUUGCUCUCGGAUUUGGCAAAGAGAUUCUUAUUUGAAUGCACGUCCUUCUUCACGAAGUAAUGAAUAUCCCCUAUUUAUCCCGCGCCAAAACUAUUGCUCCACUACGGGAGAAAAUUCAUGGUCAGAUAGAAGUUCAAGUAAUUUUGGUGUAACUUCAAUAGAAUCGGAGAGGAAGGCCCGCCUAGAUUCUUCGGGAAGCUUUAAUUAUGCUUCUGCUUCUCCACAUUCUGUUGAGACACACAAGGACUUGCAGAAGGGCAUAGCACUUCUGAAGAAAAGUGUGGCAUGCUUAACAACAUAUUGCUACAAUUCAUUGGGUCUGGAUGUCCCAUCGGAGGCAUCCACUUUUGAAGCAUUUGCAAAAUUAUUAGCUACAUUAUCUUCAUCUAAGGAACUCCGUUCUGUUUGCUCUAUAAAAUUAGCUUGUUCGAGGUCCAAUAAACAAGUUCAACAGUUAAAUAAAUCUGUAUGGAAUGUGAAUUCUGCUUUUUCAUCUGCCUCUCUGCUGGACAGUGCUCAUGCAAUGGCAUCCAUGGGUCCUUUAACCAUUCGGCUAUGGAUUCUUAGUGGGGACCCCUUCCUCAUACAUUGUGAAUAGCUGAAUUCAAAUUGAAAUGAAACAUUUAUGAUACCAUACCUUUUGUGUCCAAUACCAAGCUUGAGAGUUUGGUGCCUAGUUUGUUAGGAAUGUAGUUCUAUGUUGCAACUACUUUUCCCAUAGUUACUGUCUAGGAUUUGUCGAACCAGUUUCCCGGGGCGCUGAAUAUUCUUGUGAGUUGUUUUUCACUUUGUCGUGUUGAUCAUCUUGCUACCAACAUAUUGAGUGAAGAAUUAAUAUCCUUGUGUUUUCCUUACUACAGAUUGGUAAAAGAAGACACCAAACUGAAACCAAGGCAGGGUGGAGAACUGAGUUGUAUAAACUUUUAUGACAUAUUUGAUAUCUUAUUUGGGUUGUAAAUAGAAAACAUGUAGAUGUAUGUGUACAGGAAAUAGCUUUCUAGUAUUAUGAUUUAUUUUGCAUAUCAAGGGUUGCUUAUUAUUCUUAAAACUAAAAUCAGAAAUUAGAUGUGGACCCUGUGAAAUGUUAAAAAAUUUGGGUGUUUAAAUUU